AUGGCAACCACAACUCCCGCCUCUUCUCUACCACUAGAAGCCCUCAACCUUGCGACGAAACCCUUUGAUUUCGCGCGAGCCGGUGACACAUCCGUUCUAAAAUCAUAUAUCGCCGCGGGAAUCCCACCAAACUUCACAAAUCAAGCUGGCGACACGUUCCUAAUGCUGGCUUCGUACCAUGGACACGCGGAUACAACGAAGAUGCUCUUGGACGCUGGUGCGGGUCCGAAUUCACUCAACGAUCGAGGUCAGAGCUCACUGGCGGGUUCCGUGUUCAAGGGCCAUGUGGAUGCGGUGAAGGUGUUGGUGGAGGGAGGUGCAGAUAUGGAAGGCGGGAGGCCGAAUGCGUGGGAGUGUGCGGAGAUGUUCAAGAGAGGGGAUUUGUUGGAGGUGAUGCGGAAUGCUCAAUAUGUUAGUAGUUUAUGA